AUGUCCCUCUUUGGUACAUCACCCGAGGAGCCCUCGGCAACCUCCGCUCAUCGGUCAAAGUCGUCACUCUUCGCAGACGAACCCGCCGGCUCUUCGUCGCUUUUCGCAGAUGACACCGGUGACGACAGCUCCUCCUCCCCCUGGAACCCGCAGAAUAACACUGCGAAACGAUCCGCGCGGCGCGACCUGGUCCGGACCCUACUUCCCGCCACCGAUGUACCGGAGAGCUACAUUGAUGCAUAUGAUCUGAUCCUGAAUAGCGGGGAUCGGGUCGGGUCCGGUGUCGGUCUGACGUCGAUCCGGGAGAUCCUCUCGAGCAGUGGUCUUACCGCAUCGGAUCAGGGUAAGAUCUUGAAUCUGGUUGUCUCCGGAGAUCACGAGAGCUUGAGUGGAUUGGGUCGCAGCGAAUUUAAUGUUUUGCUGGCAUUGGUUGGGCUUGCGCAGCAGGGAGAGGAUCUAUCCUUUGACUCGGUCGAUGACCACCGCAAGAAGCUCCCUCAACCCCACAGCGGCUUCCUUGACCGAUUGCGAACCUCGAACAACACUUCCUCUGGCGCCACACAUGAGCGACCUAUUACACCUCCGUCUCAACAAUCACCAUUGCAGGAGCCAAAUUCUGGGCGGUUUAGGCAAUCGAGGAGAGAGUCUUUGGGCGGGCCUGAAUCCGAUCCUUGGGGAAGUCCGGAAUUGCAUCGGAAUCAUAAUCAUGAACCCUUGAGCUCCGAACAACGUAUAAUCAACGGUUAUGGAAGCAUGCGCUCCACGACGAAUGCCUGGUCAGCCAGCACAAAGUUAGUGGAAGAGAGGAUCCAGGAGGAGGCAGUUCAACAGGGACAGAGUAAUGGCCGGACCGAAGGGGCGCCUCCUAGUAGCUCUGGUUCAGGAUGGGGAGGAAAUCAUGUUGGCACGCCUACUGAAGAAGCUGGAUUUGGGGCUGGACCUCGCCCAGCUCUCGGUGGCUUUGGUCCCCCCGGCGAUGAUCCUGGAGAUGUUGCGCCACGCCGAAGAUCGCUAGGCAUCUCCAGAACAACCAACCCACAAGUUGAAGAAACCGUUUCAAUCAACCUUCUUCCCGAGAAGGAGGGGAUGUUUAUGUUCCAACAUCGGAAUUAUGAAGUCAAGUCUACCCGGCGUGGCAGUACUGUUGUUCGCCGGUAUAGCGAUUUUGUCUGGCUUCUGGAUUGUCUCCAAAAACGAUUUCCCUUCCGCCAAUUGCCUCUUCUCCCUCCGAAGCGGGUCGCAGUGAAUGGUACUCACCUGUCAGCGGAUUCGAAUUCUUUUCUGGAGAAACGCCGCCGUGGACUCAUUAGGUUUACCAAUUCCCUUGUUCGACACCCCGUGCUGGGCCAGGAGCAGCUUGUGGUAAUGUUCCUGACUGUGCCUACGGAACUCUCAGUGUGGCGCAAACAGGCGACUAUCUCGGUUCAAGAUGAAUUUGCUGGUCGGGCCCUUCCUCCUGAUCUAGAAGACUCACUACCCCCAACACUUACCGAGACCUUCGACACUGUCCGUAGCGGUGUGAAGCGAUCCGCCGAAAUCUAUAUCAAUCUCUGCACUCUGGUCGAACGAUUAGCCAAACGAAAUGAUGGCUUGGCCGCUGAUCAUUUGCGAUUCUCUCUGGCCUUGCAGUCGCUUACUGAGGUUACGAAGGACACAUAUGCCAUCGACACUAAUGACAUUUUAUCCGUGAAUACCGGCAUUACCGCCACUGCCCGACAUCUCUCUGCUAGCCAAAGUCUGUUAGAGGAUGAGGCCCGGGCCUGGACCGAAGGCGUGUUGGAAGACCUCAAGCGACAACGGGACUGCCUGGUCAGUGUCCGCGAGAUGUUUGAUCGGCGGGACCGGUACGCGCGGAACAAUAUCCCGCAAUUGGAACGGCGCAUUGAGACCAAUGAGCGGAAGCUGCAGGAAUUGCGAACACGACCGUCGGGCACUGUCAAGCCCGGGGAGAUUGAAAAAGUGGAGGAUGCCAUUUUCAAGGACAAGGAAUCGAUUGUGCAGCAACAUGCCCGCGGGGUGUUCAUCCAGGAGUGUAUCCGUGAUGAACUGGUCCAUUUCCAGCAGAGCCAGUACCACAUCAGCCGGUUGCACCAGGACUGGAGUCAGGAGCGUGUUAAGUAUUCUGAAUUGCAUGCGGACAAUUGGCGGCGGCUCAGUGAUGAAGUCGAGGGGAUGCCGACCGGGGAAUAA